AUGGCUCCAGUUACCUCCGGCGACAACCAAUCGAAACAGAGAAUCCCUCGAGAUACAGUCAGGAAAUCUCUCAUCUCUUUGAUUAAAUGGAAAAGGAAGCAAGUCUCCGAUCAGAAAGAGCCGAUUUCCGGCGACGUUGAUGAUUUCAUCUACCUUCUCUUAACUCUCAAGAAAAUCCCAAACAAAGACUUCACCAAAAGCCCUAACAAAAUACCCAUUCCCCACUCUCUACAAACUUCGCCGGAAUUCUCCCGCAGUUGUCUCAUAAUCGACGACCGGCCGAAACCCAACUCCCAGAAACUAACCGUCGAAUUCGCCGACAAAAAAAUCAAAUCUUUAGGCAUACCCAUCUCGAAAAUCCUCAAACUCUCCAAGCUCAAAUCAGAUUACAGAUCCUUUGAAUCAAAAAUGGAACUAUUAAACUCAUUCGAUAUCUUCUUGGCGGACCGGCGAGUAAUCGACAUGCUGCCGGGGAUAUUGGGCAAAGUGUUCUACAAGAACAAGAGAAAGAUUCCGGUGCCGGUGGAAUUAAAGCGAGAUGGCGAUUGGAAAGAGGAGAUUGAAAUGGGGUUUUGUUGUUCUUUGUUGUGGUUAAGUAAAGGGACUUGUAGUGUGGUGAAAGUUGGUAAAUUUGAAGGAAUGGAGGUGGAGGAGAUUGUUGAUAAUGUGGUGGCUGCCGUCGGUGGAGUGGUGGAGGUGGUGCCUAAGAAAUGGGUGGGGGUGAAAUCGUUUCAUUUGAAGUUUUUUGAUUCAUUAGCAUUGCCGAUUUAUCAAAGAAAGGAGGAUCUUAUUCGUCAGAAUGGGAUUACAAAAGUGUUUUAGCCGGUUUCCGGCAUCUCUGGCAGCUCCGGUCGCUUUCAUCGGUGAGUCUUCGGCCAAUGUGAUUUUUCCAAUGAGUUCUUGGCACAUCAGAACACACAUACUCCAGUGAGUUUGUUCUUCAACAAUCAACAUACACUUAUGAACAGAUCCAUACAUACAUACACACACUCGAAUGUGUGUUUGUGAGCGGAUAUGGAAAUCAUGUGUGUGUACGCAAGAAGCCAAGAACAAACCAAGAUUCUGAUGAAUCAACAACAUACACACAUCUGGAAAUCGUGAAGAUGUGUGUGUGUACAUCUCUAAAAAAUCGUGAAUAUGUGUGUAUGUGUUUGUGCGCAGAUGUGAAUCGUGUUCAUCCUUAGUAAAUCUGAAAAACCUAAACUAUGUUACCC